AUGGCUUCCAUUGCAAGGCGACGGGCGGCGCAUUUUGCACACUUCAACGAUGAUGGCGAUGAUGGUGACAACAAUGUGCACGUCGGCAGUGACCAGGCUCGCACGCUGGGUCCCUGGAGCAGUGCCAUAGAGCUGGUCAAUGCGCGGGAGAAGGCGCAACACGACCGGCAAGCAAAGCUGCAGUGCCAGGGGCAGCAGGAGGAGGCCCUUUUCGCGGAGGGCACAUCAUCGGCAGCAGCAGCAGCAGCAGCAGGGGAUGCGGGGUGGCAGCCUUCCCGUGACCCCUUCCUGGGCCCCCACACGCGUGACCCUGUACGGCCCCUGUUUGAGAUCUGUCUGGAUGUGCUGACGGCCUACGUGGACUGUGUGGAGUCGCUGUGGGGCGUACCGGACGUGAUCAAGGCCCGCAUGGCAGCCAGUGCAUGUGCCCGCAGGAAGAUGUCCCCCGAGGUAGCCCGGUUGUUCUUCGCGGACAGCCCCUCGGAGGUGGUCCUGCCCGAAUGCACCCAGCUGGACGGGCCGGCGAUGGGGGAGAUGCUGCGCGUGCUGGAUAACAACAAGCUUCAGCGGCUGGAGCUAGGCUUCUGUGGCCGUGGUUUCGGCGACGAGUCCGCGGGGCUGCUGGCUGCCGGGGGGCCCCUGGAGCAGCUGGAGUCCCUAGAAUUGGCGGGGGCCUACCGCCUGUCGGAUGCGGGGCUGGAGAAGGUUCUGUCCGUCGCCCCCUCCCUGGACCGGCUGGCGGUACCCCAGUGUCCCCGACUGACGGGAGCUGUAGUGGACAAGCUGCCCGCACUCAUACCGCGGCUAAGCCAUCUGGACCUGGCGGACUGUCGGGGCGUCAGCUCCGAUUCGUUGGUAGUGUCGCUGCCCCGCAUGACCCGACUGAGGAGCCUGAAGCUGGACGGCAUACCCGAGCUGGAUGAUGCGGUGCUUAUGGCGGUGGGUUCCCUGACCCAGCUGAGGGAACUCAGUAUCCGCUGCUGCCAGGGCGUUACGGACGAGGGACUGACGGCGCUGGCGGCGACCCGUGGAUUGGAGCUGGAGGUGCUUCGAUUGGACGAGUGCGGCGGCAAGGUGACAGAUCGUGGCGUGCAGGCCCUGGCUUCGCAAUGCAAAGCGUUACGGGUCUUCUCCGCUCGGCGGUGCACACGGCUAGGAGACCAGGCUCUUGCUGAUCUGCUCCGAAUGGGCACCAUGCGCCACCUCACCCUCAGUGGUGUCACGGCGGUGGGGCCCGCAGUGGCGAGGGCGCUCACAUCAUGCUGCCAUGAAACGCUGGAGUACCUAGAUAUGUCCUUUUGCAGGAAGCUAUCCGACCGCUGCCUGGGUCCGCUGCUGGAUCGAUGUACACGCCUGCGCAAAUUGGUGGUGCUUGGCUGUAGCCAGCUUUCGCCCAGGUCGCUGUACGGCCAUUGCAACUGCCAGCUGGUCAUUGUUGGCCUGCACACCAAAGUGGGAUUGGAUCUAGCUGUGGGAUCGCGAGCGUCGGCUGGGAGCGGUAGCGGCGCCUCCGAAGGAGGAGCUGCCGAGGGCGACGGCGGAGGCGGACCGGGCCAAGGCGAAGCGUUGCCUUCACCACCCGCUAAAGCCUCCCAAAGAGGCUCGGGGAAGAAAGGGGAUAAGAGCAGAGCAGGAGGGGCGUCGCGGCGGAGAGGGCGUGGAGCAGGAGCUAAAGCGACCUUCGCUAGUGCAGCAGCCGAGGAGCGGGACGUGGAGGAGGAAGUGUUUUAA